CAGGAUCAUAUGACGGCAGCAAACCCGGAGCGGCUCACUUAUUAACGCUACACUUGGAGAGAGGACUUUAGGAACCCGGUUCGGUCCAGUGGAGCCAUCGAUCCGUUCGCAGCGCCGCGCGCGCCACUCUUUCUCCGGAGGUUGCCUGGUUAAAUUCCGCCGGUCGGUUUUUUUUUCUGCCGUUCAGCAAGGCAGCAGCAAAACGAGCGUCUGUCCCCAACAAGGACUGACCCUGAAACUGAGCGGAGACGAGCCUGGCCUUUGCAGACAUGCUGAUGUAUGAUUACCCUCCAAAGACAGACAUGGAGACGUCCUUCUACCCUUCCUCAGUGACAACCCCAGAGCCAUACGGAGUGAUCUUUCCCCAUCCCAGUGCCUUCUACAGAAUGCCCAUGCACACCUUCACCCCAUGCAACUCAACACAGCAGGAGCCAGUGGACCUGUCCGUCAGCAAACGCUCCUCUUCCACCUCUUCAGCUUCUUCUACGUCGCCAGCAUCCUCCCCAGCCUCCCCUCCCAGCUCUCCAUCCUCAACCUACAGCUCUGUGAGCCGUGCCUCCCCCUGCUCCCCGCACUCCCACCUUCACUCUUCACCCACUCAACCCCUCCCCCCACCGACUCACACAAUGUCUUACCCAUCUAUGGUCAUACAAAGUCCAAGGGUUAUGGUGUCACCGCUUGUUCUACCCCUGCCUCUCAUGUACCCGUCACCUAUUCACCUUCAUCCGCCGAUAAUUGUGAGCCCACCUCUCCCCAGUGAUGAAAGCCAUCCUACCAGCAGAGAACAUAAGUAUGUUCACUCUGCGAAGCAUGGGGAGGUCCAUGAGCUGCACAAGUCAAUAAAAACCGAGUCUCAGUCUGAACUUUCUCAGGACGCUCUGAGCAGCCAUGAGAUUAAAUCUCCUGUCAUGAGGAUACCCCACGAUUACGAGUGCAACAAUCCAUCAGUGAUAGUUCGCACAGGGUCUACGCAUCCUUUACCUGCAGAAUCACCUGACACGCUAAAAAAACGCAGAAUUCAUCGCUGUGACUUCUCUGGCUGCAACAAAGUGUACACCAAGAGUUCCCACCUCAAAGCGCACCGCAGAACACAUACUGGAGAGAAACCCUACAAGUGUGUGUGGGAAGGCUGCACAUGGAAGUUUGCCCGUUCAGACGAGCUAACGAGACACUUCCGCAAGCACACAGGAGUCAAACCUUUCCAGUGUCCUGACUGCGAACGCAGCUUCUCCCGCUCAGACCACCUGGCGCUACACAAAAAGCGCCACCUUCUAGUGUGAAAGUCUCUACGUCUCCUCAGGGCGCCUGUUUAGAACACUUUCACCUCAUUCAAAAGAGCCGGGAAUGCCUUGCUACUCUGUGUUCAGCUCAUUUAGACAUUUAUGGUGGCUGUGUCAGACCUCUGAUCAGCUGUGGAGGGCCCUGAGUGGCUGCAGCAUCUCAGCUGGCUUGAGAGCAGCACCCUCAUGUGUCUGCAGAGACAACCUGCAUCAUCAACCAAGUCUUGGCAUGCUCAAAUUCUUUAAUAAAUCAUAGGAUCUCUGUAGUUACUUUUUGGGCUUGGAAACAUACUUUUAUACACAUUAUUUGCUAGCUAGGACAAUAAAAUGUGAAAACUAUCCAGAAUGUAUCACAUCACACCCACUAUGCAUUGUGUCAUACAUACUUAAGCUGUUUUUUCUUUGUCGUUUUGCUUCUUCUUGAGCGCAGCUAGCUGUGACAUAAUGCUAAUGCUUAAUCCUUCUUAAUGAGCCUGCACGUUACACCACACACCACAUCUGCCUCUACAAGCUUAACUCCUUAUUCACACAGACGCUGUCAUCUGUGCGUUCUUCUAUUCCAUACAGUAAAAUCCCACUGGCUCCGUGGUGAAACAGCAUAACCAAUGCCCUGCUCCGUCUCUUUUUCACGGAGCAAACACGUAACAUAUUUGGUGUUAAGUGGGCCUUUCAUUUUGAAGUGAGGACAGGUAGCUAAAUACUUGCUUUCCAUUGGACACACACAAACACACACAGCAAGAAAAGGUGCACUUAAUAAAAGCAGCUUGGUAAAAGUCUGAGCUGUAAAAGUGUGUAAAAGUAAAAGUGGGACGGCAGGUCUCAUUCAUUUUGUUUUUAGAGUGAAGUGUUUAUUAAUGUUUUCAUUCAGAAAUGUGAACAUGGCUGCACAGGGGCAUUAUUGUGUGAGUGAGGAAAAGUCACCCAUCAAAUGGUUAAAGGGUAGAAUAACUAUUAUUCUUUUUAUAUUAUAACAUGUUUUAUGUAUGUAUAAACUCUGUUUCUGUUUUUUUUUUAUAUAUAUAUAUAUAUAUGACACCGUGGUAGCCUUUUUUUUUAUUGUAUGACACUUUUUAUGGUGCCUUUAAAAGUAUUACUGGCUCUUGAAUGUUUCUCCAUUUUUGUGUUACAGCCACUAACUUAAUGGGAGUUUCUGUGAUAGAGCAAACGAGAUUUUGUGGUGAGGGUGAGCCUGGUUUUAUUCCAGUGUUGUUCAGUAAUUAGUCCGAUCCCUCCUUAUGGUAAAUGGCAUGUACUUAUAUAGCGCCUUUAUUCAAGUUAGGAGACUUGACCAAAGCGCUUUACACUACAUUCAUUCACCCAUCCACACA